AUGGCUUCGGACGACACUUGGCGGUACGACAGCGCAUUGGAUCAAUUCGGGAAGGCGCCCCUCCCAGAACUAGUAUUCUCCAGAAAAGAUCAGCGACAUCAAGUCGACAUUCUGCUCGCUCAACAAUUGAUUAUCAUGGAGCUUUUGUCAAUUGCGGCAGUUCUAGUGAUUGCUGAGUUAUUUGCUCCAGGCUUGGGUUUCCAGUGUCCAAAAGCCAUGUUCUGGUUCGGGGAUUCUAUUGUCGAUACAGGGAAUGUUCAAGCAAGAGCUCCGUUUAUUAGUGCUGCAGAGUAUAAGCCUUAUGGCAUGACUUUCUUCACGGAGGCUUUUGAGUAUGAUAGAUUCCUGGAUCCCAUUUUGCAAAGUAUUAACUCGAAUUAUGCCAACGGGGUGAAUUUUGCGGUUUCUGGAGCGACUGCUUUGAACACCAGCUUCGAAGUCCCACUGUACCUUCCGGUUCAGAUUGACCAGUUUCUGAGGUUCAAGCAGGAUGCUUACGACAUGGUAAAGACUGCUCUGUAUGCGGUUGUCAUAAGUACUAACGACCUUCUCAAUUCCUACUUGUUGGAGCAUAGAAGCCCUGAGAAUGUAACAGCUGAGGUUGUUCCAUACGUUGUGAGAGCCAUCUCUCACGCAUUACAGCACGUUCCCUCACGGCUGCAUGCCGAUAUUGCUGAGCAUAUCCCGGAAGCGUUCAACAAGCAGUUGUAUGAUGAAAUCCAAGUCUUGCAAAAGAACAGGACGGGAUUUCAUCUUCUUUAUGCAGAUGCUUACAAAUUCACUUUGGAUGUCCUGGAUAAACCGCUAGUUUAUGGAUCCCAAAACAAGACUAAACUAUCAGCAUGUUGCGAGAGUGGAGGGGAAUAUAACUUUGACGUUACUCAGCCAUGCGGACUAGUUAUCCAGCCAAACGGUACCACUUUGAAGCCUUCGGAGUACGUCAGCUGGGAUGGCGUUCACUUUACCGAGUCGUUCUAUCGGCAGUUGUCAAAGGCAUUGCUCACAGGUCGAUACAUUUAUCCAUCUCUGAACAUUACGCAGAUUUGCAACUUCACUUCCAAUAGGAAAGUGCGGAGAGAGCCCGAAUGA